AUGGCGGCGGUGGAUAUUCAAGAUAAUCUGUUGGGAAUCUCUUGGGUUGACAGCUCCUGGAUCCCCAUUUUGUACCAUGGUAGUGUCCUGGAUUACUUUUCAGAAAGAAGUAAUCCUUUUUAUGAUAGGACAUGUAAUAAUGAAGUGGUCAAAAUGCAGAGACUGAUACUGGAACUCUUGAAUCAGAUGGUUGGUGUCGAAUACAUCCUUUUACAUGUUCAGGAGCCCAUUCUUUUUAUCAAUCGGAAGCAGCAGCGGCAGUCUCCUGCCCAAGUCAUCCCACUGGCUGAUUACUCCAUUGCUGGAGUGAUCUAUCCGGCACCAGACUUAGGACCAGUUAUGAACUCCAGAGUGCUUACUGCAGUGCAUGGCAUUAAGUCAGCUUUUGUUGAAGCUAUGUCAUACUGCCGGUACACACAGUCACACACAUGCCGGUAUCAUUCUUCCAAAGGGUGUUGGUGGCACUUUAGAAGAACAAGAGCAAAAGACUGGAGAAAAGCCUGUCCCAGUGGAUCAGACAAAGAAAGAGGCAGAACCUAUCCCAGAAACCAUGAGAUCUGAGAAGGAGACCACAAAGAAAGUCCAGCAGACAGU